AUGGGCGCUGGAUCUGAGGUCAACCAGAAGCAGUUCGUCGCAUUUCGGGCCUACUGGACCCCUGAUAGGGAGGCUCAGGAUCUAGAGGAUGACAUGGCCCAGUUUGGUCUUGCGGACACAUGGUUGGAUGCCAAGCAAGUUGUAGAUGCCGAUCAGGAACUGUGUAGAUACAUGCAGCUGAUUGAGUCUAAUACGCUUGUGGAGACCGUCAGCAAAAGUGAUCCUAUUUGGCUUGGCUCGUUCAAGCCAGUGAAGGUUGCCCAGGAAUUGGUUUCCAAAGUCAAUGGGGUCUACGACUGGGAUCGCAACCUCGACGAUUCCCGCCCAGUGACAAGACAGAGACCAACUCUCCUCAAAGUCAACCUUUACCCUGAGCCGGCAACACACGAAUACACCGCUACCGACUAUUGGGAAAAUAAUCUCCUCCUGCAGAGGAUGAAGAAACGGCGUGUGAUAAUUUCGCAAGACCGGCACCAACUGUUCAUUACAAUGGCGACCUACGACGACGCCUAUGCCAAAUACCUGGCAGGGGAGACCCCCCCAAAGUCUUAUCUCAAAUUGGCAUCUUACGGCCCGUACAAAAUCACAGACCACAAACACAUGUACUGCUUUGCUCAUGCUGUGGUUGCGCUCGCAAUGGCAGCCGACGACGUGCUGUCUUGA